AUGGUGUACUCGACGUCGACAGUGAUAGCGUGCGUCGUCUCCGCGGCGCUCACAGGGACGGCCCUUGGCCUUCUAUUAAGUGCAAGUAGAACUAGAAAAAGCUCCUCCAGAGGGAUCGUGGGGCGCUUCACACGUCUGCUCGGCCACAAAAAGAAGAAGAAGAAGAAGAAGAGGAAGAGGAAGGACUUCCCAAAGCGUCUCAUUCUAGUGCGCCAUGGCGAGUCCGAGGGCAAUAUUGACCCGUCUCUGUACGAACACGUACCAGACAAUGCCAUGCACUUGACGGCGCUCGGGUACGAACAGGCAGUGGCGGCUGGCAAGUCCAUCAAGAAAAUCGUCGGAAACGAGACGAUGAGGUUUAUUGUGUCGCCUUACGUGCGCACGAUUGAGACAUUUGGCGGUGUUCUCAAGGCGUGGGGCUUUCAAGGAAAAGCGAUUCCGUGGACCGAGGAGCCACGUAUUCGAGAGCAGGACUUUGGCAAUUUCCAGGAUCCUUUGAAGAUUCGAGAGUGCAAGGCGCAGCGACGACGGUUUGGGUCAUUUUUCUACCGAUUUCCAAGCGGCGAGUCGCCCGCUGAUGUGUACGACCGCGUGUCGUCGUUCCUCGAGUCGCUCUACCGCCUGUUUGAAAAGUCUUCGGAGGAGAAUUACGUGCUCGUGACACACGGCGUGGCCAUCCGCGUGAUCCUCACGCGCUACUUCAAGUACCGCAUCAGCGAGUUUGAGCUGCUCGAGAACUUCCACAAUGGCGAGUUGGUCGUGCUCGAGUUCAACGAGGUUCAGGGCAAGUUUUUGCUCCAGACCAUCGUGUCCAACGACGUCCAGCUUCUAGAGGAUGGCAGCGUGACUGUGGAAACCGGCGAGACAACGCAGUUGCGGAUCCGCUCGAGCGAUACGAUGCCUUCCAUGUCCAGACCCUAUCCGACGUCGCCGGUCAAUCAUUUUCGACAAUCUGUACCGUCGUCACCACCAAUGGCAAGCACCAGUUCGUCAUCUCAUCAAGGUUUGCCUCCUUAG